AUGUAAGACUUUUUACAUAUGUUUCAUUCUUUUUGAAAUUAAAUGAAAGCUAGCUGAUGGAGGCUAACUUCGCCCAGCGAGAGGCUAACCUCAGUAGCGGCAGCAGUCGUGAUGGCAGCCGGGCGGUGAGACACAUGUAGCCGCAGCAGCAGCAGCAGCAGCAGCAGCAGCCUGGGAGCCCUAAAACAGUGACCCCGGGGCGGACAGACGACACACAAGCACCAUGUCUCGCCACAGAAAUGUUCGUGGUUACAACUACGAUGAAGACUUCGAGGAUGAUGACAUGUAUGGACAGUCUGUGGAGGACGACUACUGCUGCAUUUCACCAGCAACAGCGAAUCAGUUCAUCUACUCUCGUCAGGAGAGACAAACGCCGAAGGAGCAGCCUCUGGAGGAGGAAGAAUACGAGGAUGAAGAUGUUCCCAUGUCUCCCACCGUCAGCCUCCACCUGGACCCUCUGGAUCAAGCCAAACUGUACUCCUGUCUGGACCACAUGCGGGCCGUGCUGGGAGACGCCGUUCCGGACUCGGUUCUGACUCAGGCCGCCAUCAGAUGUGGCUUCGACCCUCAGAGGGCUCUGGAUGUGGUUCUGUCUGAAGACUCUAAAACGGCUCCGGUCACCAGGACCACGACCGAGGAGAAAACUCCAGCAGCGAAGGAGAAAACGCAGCUUCCUCAGAGAACCAAACCGGAGCCUGAGAAAGGAGCCUUCCUGUCACACAACGCAACACUCAACUUAUCUGACCUUUUAUCAGCACGUAACGCAGUUAGCAGCCGUACCGGUCUAGAUUUAAACCCUGCAGCUAAAAGCAGAGAAGCAGGAAACAAACUGGACUCUGAGGUGGUUCCUAAAGUGGCCCGAAUGACCGUCUCUGGGAAGAAGCAGACGAUGGGCUUCGAUGUUCCCAGCUCCGGGGAGAAUGGCGUCGUCGCUGCUUCUGUCCGUCGAGGCGGCAGCCCUGAAAACGCCGCCGUGACGCCUGUCCCAGACUCCGCCUCCAAGCGUCCAGAGACGCCGUCUAAAGCUUCCAAUGGAGACGAAACGCCGGCGGCUCCGACUCCGGGUCGAUCCUCUGGAAAAAGCCGACAGGCGAUAAACGUCAAGGCGGAGCUGGAGAAGAGACAAGGAGGAAAACCUCUGCUGAACCUGGUGGUUAUCGGUCACGUGGACGCAGGUAAGAGCACGCUGAUGGGUCACCUGCUCUACCUGCUGGGCAACGUCAACAAGAGGACCAUGCACAAGUACGAGCAGGAGUCCAAGAAGGCCGGCAAGGCUUCGUUCGCCUACGCCUGGGUCCUGGACGAGACCGGAGAGGAGAGGGACAGAGGAGUGACGAUGGACGUGGGGAUGACCAAGUUUGAGACGGACUCUAAAGUUGUGACUCUGAUGGACGCUCCGGGACACAAAGACUUUAUUCCCAACAUGAUCACUGGAGCUGCUCAGGCCGACGUGGCGGUUCUGGUGGUCGACGCCAGCAGAGGAGAGUUCGAAGCCGGAUUCGAGGCCGGAGGUCAAACCAGAGAGCACGCUCUGCUGGUCCGAUCCCUGGGGGUCACCCAGCUGGCCGUGGCCGUCAACAAGAUGGACCAGGUAAACUGGCAACAAGAACGUUUUCAGGAAAUCGUGUCCAAACUGGGACAUUUUCUGAAACAGGCAGGAUUCAAGGACUCGGACGUCUUCUACAUCCCCACCAGCGGUCUGUCAGGAGAGAACUUGACCUCCAGGAGUUCAGUGUCUCAGCUCACCUCCUGGUUCUCUGGACCCAGUCUGGUGGAGCAGAUCGAUGCGUUCAAGGCCCCCCAGAGAUCUGUAGAUCAGCCGUUCAGACUCUGUGUCUCUGAUGUGUUCAAAGAUCAGGGUUCAGGUUUCUGCGUCACCGGGAAGAUUGAAGCCGGUUUUAUUCAGACGGGAGAUAAAAUCCUGGCGAUGCCUCCCAACGAGACGUGCACCGUCAAAGGAAUCAGCCUCCAUGAUGAAGCUCUGGACUGGGCAGCAGCUGGAGACCACGUCAGUCUGACCGUCACCGGGAUGGACAUCAUCAAGAUCAAUGUGGGCUGUGUGUUCUGUGAUCCCAGAGAACCAAUCAGAGUUUGUUCCAGAUUCAGAGCCAGAAUUCUGCUCUUCAACAUCGACGUUCCCAUAACUCAAGGAUUCCCAGUAUUGCUUCACUACCAGACGGUCAGUGAACCGGCCACCAUCAAGAAACUGAUCAGUGUUUUACACAAGAGCAGCGGAGAAGUUCUGAAGAAGAAACCAAAAUGUUUAACUAAAGGGAUGAACGCCGUGGUGGAGGUGCAGACCCAGAGGCCGGUUUCUCUGGAGCUCUAUAAGGACUAUAAGGAACUGGGACGCUUCAUGCUGAGAUAUGUUGGAUCCACCAUCGCAGCCGGAGUCGUUACCGAGAUCAAAGACUGAGGACCUCCAUGGAGACUGAAGGUUUCUGAAGCUUCAUCUGAUCUUCCUCCAUCAGAACCUAAAACGUCCACAGCUGCUCUGAACAUCUGGACCUCCUGAUCCUCCAUCUGCUGCCAAUAAACCAUCGAUCACUGAAUGAGGCGUGGACAGACGCUGAAGCGUGUUUAAGAGUCGCAUUAAUAAUAAUGAUGAUGAGAACUUUUCUGUUUCUCCAGAAUUAGGAGCUGAAGGGCGUCCAUUUAUUGAUUGAUUCUGUUUAAAGACAAAAGAACGAAGUGUGAGGAGAUGUUUGACCGCCUGAAGCCUUCUGUUCAUGAAAAAUGAUUAAAAUUCUUCUAAAGGA